CCGAAAUAGGCAACUAGAAAUCUAUUUAUACCAAUUCAUCCGAAUUGUCAAUUGCUUACGGCCAAUUCCUUCUUAAAUACAAAGAUUCUCGCCUACAACCUCUUCUUUGGUAUUAUUCACCUUUACGCAUGAUAACAACUACCACAAUAUGUUUGCCAAGCAUCUCCAAAAACUCGCCAAUGCUGGCGGACCUGAGGUCACUUACGAGGCAGGCUGUCACUGUGGUUAUAUCAGCCUCUCAGUAAAACUCUCCCCUCCUCUGCCUGAACAUGAGGUCGUGAACUGCAAUUGUUCUAUUUGCCGUCGAGGAGGUUACCUUCUUGUUUACCCAGCGUAUGAGAAAGUGACCUGGCACAACGACUCAGACAAACGUGUCUCACGAUAUCAAUUCAACACAAAGGCUCGCGAUCACAUGUUCUGCCCCAAAUGCGGUGCCAGCAUUGGUAUCGACUUUGCGAGGGUAUGGCCCGAGGAUCCUCGCUAUGGCAUCAGUGUGCGACAGUUCAACAACAUCGAUCUCGACUCACUUCAAUACAAGAAGCUCGAUGGCUUACAUACCGUUGAACCAGCAGUUGACUUAUCGGGUAAAGAGAUUGAUCCAAAGGUAGGCGAAGCCCCUGCUUCUAGUUCUUAAUUAGAGAAGCUGUCAGUUGGAGUUGGCGUUGGUGGUGCGAAGCGAUUUCAGAGGCAGAAAGAGAGCUUGCACCAAUUGAAAGAUCGAGAUCAGCUGAAGUCUUGUUUGGUAUCCAAGCUUGGCCAAGCCAUUUACGCAAGCUUUUGGGGGUGGGGUUGGGAUGAUCAUGCCAUGGAUGUUGAUGCUUGGGAAUUCCCUGUCUGGCUGAACUCUUGCACAUCUUGAUCAGCGAUUAGCAGUCUUGGCAUGCAUGAAUCAAGGUGAUCUGAUGAGUUAUCACGAUAUUGUGCCUAUAACUAUCUCUGAAUUUGUCACUGAAUAGAAAGACAUC